GCUUCCCUAAUGUAUGGCUGCAGUUUAGGAGCAGACAUCAGUUUAUUAAAUAACAGCGAGCAGAAUGGUUCGACUUUCAAUAUUGUGUUUGCUUUUGGGGCUCUACAGAGUCCAGUCUCUUUUUUGUGGUGACUUCCCCGAGAAUGAGUGUGUGGAGCGAAACUUAUGUAGGAUUCAAUCUGGCCACGAAGGAUGUUCUGCAGCCGAGACCUGCUGUCCGACAAAGGAUGUGCUACGAUUUCCGGUCCCGGGCGUCCCCGCCUGUGGCUACGCAAACCGUGACAGCCUGACCUUGAACAUCGCCGAGGAGGACACCGCCGAGGCGGAACUGCCUUGGAUGGUGCUACUGCUAGAUGCUCGAAACGACCAAGCGGUCGGCGGUGGCUCCCUGAUCAAACCGGAUGUGGUGCUCUCAGCCACCACCGCGACCAGAAAUCUCCUCGAGAGCCAGCUUAUUGUGCGGGCUGGCGAAUGGGAUCUUAGUUCCGACACCGAGAUGGGAAAACAUGAGGAUGUGGCCAUCAGGAAGAUCGUGCGUCACCCGGACUUUCAAUUGAAUUCAGGAGCCAACAACGUGGCUCUUUUGUUCCUCGAAAGACCACUUCAACGAACCCGACAUAUAAAUCUCAUCUGCCUGCCGUCGCCGAAUCGGCAGUUUACCCGGAAUCGCUGCAUUGUCAGUGGCUGGGAUAAGAAGAACAUCAACGAUGUCAGUCACGCGAGUCUUAUGAAGAAGAUCGAGGUACCGUUGGUGGACAAUUUUACGUGCGAGCAGAAGCUUCGACAGCUCUAUUCGGCAUCCUUCAAUCUUCAUGACAGCCUCAUCUGCGCCGGCGGAGAGACUGGCAAGGAUACGUGCAAGGUCGGCGGGGGAUCCCCACUAGUCUGUUCGCACCAAAGCGAUCCCAAUCGUUACGAGCAAGUCGGCAUCGUGAACUUCGGAGCCGAAUGCGGAGAGGCAAUUCCCACAGUCUACACUGAUGUUUCCAAAAUGCGACCCUGGAUUUUCCAACAGAUCCUUGAGAACUUACUCGGUUCUCAAGAGUAAUGUUAAAUUGGUAACUUAUAUUACUUAUGUUACGUGGCCGCAAUCCGAAUCAGUGAGGUGGCGGUCAUAAAUUGCUUUUGCAAUAAGGAGAACACAAUGAAAUUUGACAAGAUGCCGUAAAUAUGACUAUAAAAGAUGUUUAGAAAAUUUUCCAUCAGAUUCCCGUUACUCAGCUAAACAACUUUCAAAUAAUUAUACCAUCGAGUAGAGGCGGAGUAAUAUAGAUGCUUACAUUUGUAAAUCCUUUUUAAGCAAUUAAAAGCGAAAUAAAAUAAAAUGAAUUUUAAAUUUA